UGUGAGUGGCUGGAGGCGCCGUCCGAUUGCUUCGGAAAAGUGGUGCUUUGAAGACAAUCCACUUAACCCCAAGACGUAAUGUAAUCGACUGAAAGGUGUCAGAUAUUUUUGGACAAGAAUCCGUUCAAUCUCGCUACUGCUUCGGGUCGUUUGGGUGCACGUUGAUACUUCGAGGCCUGCUUUGUUAGCCUAGCCUAGUUUAGCAGCUAACAAAGAGAACGCACCUGGGAUACACACGUCGCCGAGCAAGCAAACGUCAUGUCCCAAAAUGUCAGAUGUCAGUCAAGCGCAUCGUCCUGAACACCUGGAGUCUGCUCGCAUGGAAGAAGCGGAAGACUCGCCAUACAUCAAGAAGGUGGAGGAAAAAUUUGUCCACAUUAAAGAGGAGCAGGAGGAGUUCCUCAUUAGACUGCAGGACCCCCACAUUAAGGAACAGCAGCAACCUCAUCCCCUCAAAAAGGAGGAGGAGGACCCUCCAUAUGUCAAAGUGGAGGUGGUGGACAUCCCCAAGUGGACUGUUGAGCCCUUGAAAGGUGAAGAUGGAGGUCCGAGUGACGCCAGCAGAGGGGCGGAGCUUUCGAAUGGUAGCAGCAGCAGUUCAAAAGAAGGGUCCCAAGCAGACAACCUCAUCGCUCGACCAUCAGAUUGUGACGACUUCACAUCACACUCGCUGUUCUCAGGUUUCAGCGAAUAUCUUGGUUCUGACGCUCAACAGCUUAAGAGAGAAGUACAACUUUCAAUCAAAAAGGAGGAGGUAGAACUGCCGUACGUGAAAGACGAGGACGAUAUCACCAUGUCGACUGCUGAGCCCUUGAAUAGCGACGAUGGUCCAAGUGAGGCCAGCAGAGGGACGGAGCCUCCAAGCAGCAGCUCAAUGGAAGGAUCGCAAGCACACAUUUUCCUCGCACCAACAGAUAGAAAUGGCGACACGUCACACUCAUCUUACAAAGAUGAUGGUCAGAAGAAAUCUCACCGUGACAACCAACUCUGCAAAUGCUCUCAGUGUGGGGAAACCUUUGCUACUAAGCAAAAUUGUCGUAGGCAUAUGAGGAUCCACAUUGGUGAAAAGCCUUAUGUCUGCUCAGUUUGUGGUCAAGGAUUCAAUAGAAAGCAAAACUUGAAAAUACACACAAGAACCCACACUGGUGAAAAACCUUUUUCCUGCUCACUUUGUGGAAAAAGAUUCACUCAGAAGAGCGCCUUAAUCACACACAGAAGAACCCACACUGGUGAAAAACCUUUUUCCUGCUCAGAUUGUGGUCAAGAAUUCAGUCAUAAGAGUGCCUUAAAAAAACACACAAGAACCCACACUGGUGGAAAAACUUUUUCCUGCUCAGUUUGUGGUCAAGGAUUCACUCAAAUUGACUACUUAAAAGUACACAUAAGAACCCACACUGGUGAAAGACCAUUUUCCUGCUCAGUUUGUGGAAAAAGAUUCACUCAGAAGAGCGCCUUAACCACACACAGAAGAACCCACACUGGUGAAAAACCUUUUUCCUGCUCAGUUUGUGGUCACAGUUUCAGUGUAAAGGGAAACUUGCAAAGACACACAAGAACCCACACUGGCGAAAAACCUUUUUCCUGCUCAGUUUGUGAUCAAGCAUUCACUCAAAUUCAACACUUAGAAGUACACACAAGAACCCACACUGGUAUAAAGCCUUUUUCCUGCUCAGUUUGUGGUAAAAAAUUCAGUGAUAACAGUGGCUUAAAAGUACACACAAGAACCCACACUGGCGAAAAACCUUUUUCCUGCUCAGUUUGUGAUAAAAAAUUCGCUCGCAAUGAUCGGGUUAAGAGACACGUGUGUAUUGGUGGGAGAAGCAGUGACCAAUGACGGUUUUGCCUGUCAUCCAUGCUGCCGUCAUCAGAUUGUGCACGCAGGUCAAUUGUAGUCUGUAGAGUUUCCUCAAAUCCUGUUGAGGAUUGGCAGUAUUGGCGCCUUACAUGUGCUUUGUACAAUCCUUGUAUGAUGUGGAUCCACACUAUUGCCAAAAGUAUUGGCUCACUUGAUUAACUCUCAAGUUGAGUGGCAUUGUUUAUACCACAGGUGUCAAACCGAUUCCAGAAAGGGCCUAGUGGGUGCUGGAUUUUGUUCCAACCGAUAACGCGCAGAGAGUUUAACUGAUGAACUUCCUGCUGAAACAAGUAGCACCUGACAAAGUUUAACUGAUUACACAUGUAAAAGAUCUAAUUGGUGAAAAGGUGUCCUCUUCAUUGGAUGGAAAGCAAACCUGCACCCACUAGGCCCUUUCUGGAAUCGGUUUGACACCUGUGUUUUAUACAAUACUCUCCCUCUUUCAAACUACACUUUUCACAGCUAGUAUUUGAAACUGUAGACCCCAAAUUACAAAAAUUCUAAAUCAUUCAUCUAUAAUAUGAUUGCAGAAAUAUGGAAAAUUAUGAUUGGCUCAAAAAUAUUAGUUUAUUUUGGGGAGGGUUGUUAUAUCAGAGUUUAUUUAUUGUGUCCAGAAAGGAGGAGGAUGAAGCAUUUGCUUUUUGAACCCUACACCCCCUUUUCUAUUCCAUAAUCAUAUCAGUCCGCCCUAUUUAACAAGUCCUCAUAUCAACAAAUAAAUAAAGUUAAUAACCAUAUGCAUAAGAUGCAAGAGAAACAAAAAUUUAAAAAAAAGGACCAAACAAUAAAAGAUGUGUGGAAAACCCCAACAAUUAAACCCCUUCUUCCCUAUACCCUUUAAAAAUGUGAUUGUACCACCUUCUAAACUGGGUCAUACUUGGACGUUGCUUGAGCCCCUCAUCUACUGUAACUUAAUCCACAGCCUCACUCCACCGACAGAAACACAAAAACCUUUUAAUGCAGUCCGUAGCCUCUGAUGCUGUCAGUGAAGCUCCCCCCUCAAACUGUAUUGACCAUCUGUUAAAAAACAAUUUCUGUAUAUUGGCACGAAGUGACCUGUGUAUAGACCCUACUCACCAACGUCACAGAAUGACGUGUCGCUGUAUCCGGCCGCCAUAUUGUCCGUCAGUGUUUAUCCGUAUUCUCAAUGGUUUCAAUUUGUCAUGCAAUUUAUAGUGCAAUUCAUGGAAGCCCCGGUGCUUUCAGACGCUGUAAACUCAUUGGAUGCGUUGCAUAAAAGGCGUUAUGUGGAAAAGCUUCAGUCUAUCCAUUCGCCAGAUCCAUAUUUGAUGCCUAAAUCGAUAUUUUUUGACCCGCUGUCUUCGCCCUCUCCGCCUGACAUCUGCUACCCUGAUAUCUACAACUAUCUUGUCCACACAAAAUCAGCCUAUUCUCACGAAAGUUUGAAAAACUUUAAGAGCAGCACUCUAAGCAACAUUACCCCGUGUGACCCUUCCAAUUUUCUAAAAUGGCGACAAUAAAAAAAAAAUUGACUGCGAUGGCCGACGCGUCAAGGAUAGGUGGGUAUUGGACUAUUUCUUCAAUAAAACACGCAACAACUGUGUCUGCCUCAUUUGCAAAGAGACAGUCGCUGUUUUCAAAGAGUUCGAUGUGACGCAAUAAUGAUAUUACCGAACAAGACACGCUGACAUGUACGACAACAUUACAGGGAACAUACGCAGCGAGAAAUUAUAGCAACUUGAAGCUUGUUUAAUUUCACAGCAGCAGUAUUUCGCAAGAGUCCGAGUGUCGAAAGAGAACGCCACAAAGACGAGAUUGUUGAAAUUAUGAAUUUAGAAAAUUAUAAAGCAAAUGUGACACACAUAAGGGCUCGCUAAAAUUUCUUUAAAUAUAUUGUUCUAUGUAAAUCAGCCAAGGUAGCCCCCCGCAUUUUUACCACACCAAAUCUGGCCCCCUUUGCAAAAGGUUUGGACACACCUGUUUAACUUCUUACACUUAACUUCAAGUCUCUCCGUCUAUCUUCUCUGUUACUGGAACCAACCGUCACACACGCCUUCAGCAUUUUGAUUAUUAAUGUUAACGAGCAGAAAAACACGCCAUAAUAGGAGGAAUUUACGUAGCGGUAAUGCUUAAACCCGACGAGCUGACGGACAAUAUGGCGCGGAGGCGUGGUUGUGACGUCAUGUGAGUAGGCUCUAAAGCCUUAUACAUGAGCUGAGCUGUUUGAAACUGAGCCAAGUCCCUGAGCUUUACUGAUCUGGAUUUUAAAAAAUAUUAUUCAUUAUGUACUAUUCUUAUGGCUCAUUUUUGCAAAAUGAGAAGUGAUUUUUAUUGUACAUUUAGAAGUGGUACCCCAGCCCUCUGCACAGUAGAGUAAAUAUGGCAGGAUUAAAGAACAGUAAGGAAUGUGGAGUGAUUUAUUGUCAAGACUGUGUUUAGCUUUUUUCAGGACUGAUAUGUUUCUUGAUACUUUACUUUGUCCAUGUUUUAUAUGAGCUUUUCAGUUAAUCUUCUCAUCAAUAACUACUCCAAGAAACUUGUUUUCAUAGACCCUUUCAAUAUUCACCCCAUCUGUCUGUAUAUGUACUUGAAUAUAUUCAUUGUUUCUGCUAAAUAACAUGAAUUUGGUAUUACUUAAAUUUAGGGCUGUCAAACGAUUAAAAUUUUUAAUCGAGUUAAUUACAGCUUAAAAAUUAAUUAAUCGUAAUUAAUCGCAAUUCAAACCAUCUAUAUAAUAUUCCAUAUUUUUCUCUAAAUUAUUGUUGGAAUGGAAAGAUAAGACGCAAGAUGGAUAUAUAUUUUCAACAUGCAGUACAUAAGGACUGUAUUUGUUUAUUAUAACAAUAAAUCAGUUCUAAAUCAGUUAUAGAAAUUUUAUAUUAAAACCCCUCUUAAUGUUUUCGUUUUAAUAAAAUUUGUUAAAUUUUCAAUCAAAAAAUAAACUAGUAGCCCGCCAUUGUUGAUGGCAAUAAUUACUUACACUAUAAAAUCAGUCGCACCCAAACGCCAGCAGAGGGCAGCAAAACUCCGCAAAACACAACAAGUGGGCCUUUCACUCUAGUGACAUUUAAAUAUGUCUGAGCUGGGCAAGUGCGUUAAUUGCGUCAAAUAUUUUAACGUGAUUAAUUUAAAAAAAUAAUUAACGCCAGUUAACGCGAUAAUUUUGACAGCCUUACUUAAAUUUAAUGAUCAUUUGUUUCUGUCAAACCAUGUCUUUAGUUUACAAAUUUCAUCAGAAGCCCUCCCCAGGAGCUCAUGCACACUCCCAUAGAGCAAAAGAUACUUGUCAUCUGCAAAUAAAACUAAUUUUAGUAUUCUUGAAACUUUGCGUAUAUCACUUAUAUAAACCGUUUUGGACCUAACACUGAACCCUGGGGGACGGCACAAGCAAUGUCCAAGCAUGAUGAUUAAUACUUACCCUCUUCAACCAGUGUAGUGCCACCCCCCUGAUCCCAUACUCUUCACGUUUAUUGAUCAAAAUGUCAUGAUUAAUAGUGUCAAAUGCUUUCUUAAGAUCUAAGAAUAUUCCUCAAAUCCUCCUAUUCAUCUCAACCGAUUCAGUAAAAGCCAGUGAUGUUGAACUGUUUGCCCUAAAUCCAUCCUGACUGUCGAAAAGUCCGAUUUACUGAUGAAUUUAUCUAAUCUGUUGUUGAAUAAUUGAAUAAUUGAAUAGUUGAAUAAUAACAGAUUUGGUCUAACAUUUACAAAAAAAUCAUUGAAGCCGCUGACGAUGUCAUCCAUAUUAUCUUUCUUCACAUCAUUAUCCACAAAGUAUUGAGGAUAGCUCUGUUGCUUAGCGCCAUUUUUAAUAAUUCCAUUCAAUAUGUCCCAUAUUCCUUUCAUAUACUUUUUGUUGUUAUACAAUACUUUACUAUAGUAUUCCUUUCUACAUGCCCUUAUGAUAUUGGUCAGUUCAUUAUUAUUUUUUUCUGCCUCUGUAAUUCUUUGUUUUAUGACUUCUCUAUACAGUGUAUUUUUCUUACGAGCGUUUUGUAAUCCCUUCGUGGACCAUGGUCGAGCUUUGUACUUUUGUUUUCUGCUGUGCUGCUGUAUUGGGCAGUUUUUAAUCAUAAAAUGAUACGAAUAUCUUCAAAAAUGUUUCAUAUACACAAUUCCAUUACAUACAUUUUCCCAAUUUUGUGCCAAUAAAUCCUUUUUAAAUGAGUUCCUCACACGCCUCUACUUGACAUUCUGCUUUGGCAAACUUCUUAGCUGGGUGCCAUUAUAAACUGUAAAAACUGUUAGGUGAACACUAAUAUUGUUAAAUAACAGUCCGCUUACUGUAUUACUUUUAAUGUCAUUGGUGAAUAUAUUAAAGUAGCACUGUGGGUUGGGAUUCGACUUGGUCCGGUCUGGUGAUUUUUGGAUACAAACCCAUACUGUACAUGGUAUUGAUAAUUCAUCAACCGAUUGGUACUUGUUCAGAUUGAGCAAAUCAAUAUUGAAAUCCCCACAAAUGAACACAACUUUUUGAAUGUCUUUUGAAAACAUUUCUCCUAUCCAGUCCCUGAAUGUUUCAAUACUAGCACUUGGUGCUCUAU